CAGGACCCGAACAAGUGCAUCGCCACUGAAAAGGAGAUCUUGCAGAUUCUUCCUAUCAAAGACUUGCAGCAGUGCGAGAACAGGCUUGUGCAAGUCUUGCAGUACGAAAACUUCGAGUUCACAAAGUUGCUCUUGAAGAACAGACUGAAGAUUUUGUACUGCACCCGGCUUGGUCAGGCGCAGACGGAAGAAGCCCGAACCGAAGUGCUGGAAGACAUGCGGAACACCCCGGAAGCUCAAGCCGUUUUGGAGGAGCUGGACAAAGCCUCCAAGAAGCGAGAUCGCGAGCGCGACAUCAACAGGGAUUUGCGCAAGGAAGUCCGACAAUUGCAGUUGAGAGGUGCAAGGGAAAAGGAGCGUGGCAUGGACGACGAAGGCCAGGGCCUGGGAUCUCGAAGGUCGAAGGUGGCAGAGGAGCAGCAGAAGAAGCCCUCUCACAUGCUGGAUCUGGACACCUUGGCCUUCUCCCGUGGCAGCCACUACAUGGCCAAUAACAAGUGCCAGCUGCCCACUGGCUCUUUCCGAGUGCAGAAGAAGGGCUACGAGGAGGUCCACGUCAAGCCUUUCAAGCCCCCAGAUGUGAGCCCGGAAGACUUGAUUCCUCUGUCGAAGCUGCCGACCUGGUGCCAAGAAGCCUUCCCGGGAGCAACCAAGCUCAACACAGUGCAGAGCAAGGUCUUCAAGACUGCCUUCGAAGAGCACAACGAGAAUAUGCUGGUAUGCGCGCCGACUGGCAGCGGGAAGACCAACGUGGCCAUGCUGACGAUCCUCAAUGUCAUGAGCCAGUUCCGCUUGAAGGAUGGCUCCUUCGACUUGGCUGGUUUCAAGAUAGUAUAUGUUGCCCCCAUGAAGGCGCUGGUGCAGGAAGUUGUGCAGAGCUUUACCCAGCGCCUGGAGAAGGCAUACGGGGUCACCAUCCGCGAGCUAAGCGGAGAUGUGAAUCUCACGAAGGCGCAGAUCGAUGAGACUCAGAUCAUCGUGACCACCCCAGAGAAGUGGGACAUCAUCACCAGAAAAGCAGGAGACCAGCGCGCGUACACCCAGCUGGUGCGCCUGGUGAUCAUUGAUGAGAUCCACCUUCUGCACGACAGCCGCGGGCCAGUCUUGGAGUCCAUCGUGGCCAGGACCAUCCGCCAGAUCGAGACCACGCAGGAGCACAUUCGGCUGGUCGGGCUGUCAGCAACAUUGCCGAACUACGAGGAUGUGGCCAUUUUCUUGCGUGUAAAUCCAGAGAAAGGGCUGCACUACUUUGGCAACCACUAUCGCCCUGUGCCUCUUGAGCAGACCUACAUUGGUGUAACGGACAAGAAGGCCAUCAAGCGGUUCAACACCAUGAACGAGGUUUGCUAUGAGAAGCUUAUGGAAAACGCUGGCAAGAAUCAGGUGUUGAUCUUCGUGCAUUCACGAAAGGAAACAGUCAAGACUGCGCAGACCCUCCGAGAUCUGGCGAUGCAGAAUGACACGCUGGCCAAGUUUUUGCAGGAGGAUUCCGCCUCACGAGAAAUUCUGCAGACUGAGGCACAGCAGAUGAAGACGCCGGAGGUGCAGGACCUACUGCCUUAUGGCUUCGCUGUGCACCACGCCGGCCUGCCCCGAGCAGACCGGAAGUUGGUGGAGGACUUGUAUGCGGAUCGCCACAUCCAAGUGUUGGUGUCCACCGCCACUUUGGCUUGGGGUGUGAAUCUGCCGGCGCACACUGUCAUCAUCAAGGGCACCCAGGUCUACAAUCCGCAGAAGGGUGCUUGGGAUGAGCUCUCAUCCAUGGACAUGAUGCAGAUGCUUGGCCGCGCCGGGCGGCCGCAGUACGACAAGACAGGGCACGGGAUUGUGAUCACCCAGCACAGCGAGUUGCAGUACUACCUGUCUCUGAUGAACCAGCAGUUGCCGAUUGAGUCACAGGUUCUCAGCAUCCUGCCGGACAUGGUCAAUGCAGAGUUGGUUCUAGGAACCAUCCAGACGAGACAGGACGCUGUGAAUUGGCUAGGCUACACUUACCUCUACGUGCGCAUGAUGCGAGCCCCCAGGCUCUACGGCAUCUCGCCUGAUGAGGCAGAGGAGGAUCGGCUCUUGGAGCAGAGGCGCGUCGACUUGAUCCACAGCGCCUUGACACUCCUGGACAAGAACAACCUCAUCAAGUACGACAAGCGCACUGGGCAAGUGCAGGUGACAGCGCUGGGCCGGGUGGCCAGCCACUACUACAUUCAGCACCCGUCCAUUGCCACCUACAACGACCACCUGCGGCCCAUGAUGUCUGACAUCGAGCUUCUGCGGCUCUUCUCGCUCUCGCAUGAGUUCAAGUACAUCCCUGUACGAGAGGAAGAGAAGGUGGAGAUGCAGAAGUUGGUGGAGCGAGUGCCCGUGCCAGUGAAGGGCAGCACGGACGAGCCUUCGUCCAAGGUGAAUGUCUUGCUGCAGGCCUACAUUUCCAAGCUGAAGCUGGAGGGAUUUGCGCUGAUGUCCGACAUGGUGUAUGUCCAGCAGUCUGCCGGCCGAAUUAUGCGUGCCAUCUUCGAGAUCUGCUUGCGGCGAGGCUGGGCGGCUUUGGCGUUGAGAGCCCUCAACUGGUGCAAGAUGAUCGACAAGAGGAUGUGGGCGAGUCAGACUCCCUUGCGCCACUUCAAGGGAUUGGCAGAAGACAUUUUGAGAAAGGUGGAAAAGAAGGACUUCGCCUGGGAGCGAUACUACGACCUGUCCAGUUCCGAGAUCGGCGAGUUGAUCCGCUUCCCCAAGAUGGGCAAGACGAUUCAUAAGUUGGUCCAUCAGUUCCCCAAGCUGGACCUGAGUGCCUAUGUUCAGCCCAUCACUCGCUCUUGCCUCAUGGUGGAGCUGACCAUUACGCCAGACUUCCAGUGGGAUCCAAAGGUGCACGGCAGGGCAGAGCCCUUCUGGGUGUUUGUGGAGGAUGUGAAUGGAGAGCAGAUCCUGCACCAGGAGAUGUUCGUGCUGCAGGAGAGGGGCGCCGACGAGGAGCACACGCUGAACUUCACGGUGCCUAUCACAGAGCCCUUGCCUCCGCAGUACUUCAUUCGUGUGGUCUCAGAUCGCUGGAUCAAUGCGCAGACCUUGCUUCCAGUGUCCUUCCGGCAUUUGAUCCUGCCGGACAAGUACCCGCCGCACACCGAAUUGCUGGAUCUGCAGCCGUUGCCGCUCACGGCUUUGCGCUGCCCAGAUGCGGAGAAGUUGUAUGCGGCGCAGGGGUUGAAGGUCUUCAAUCCUAUUCAGACGCAAACUUUCAGCAUGCUUUACACGAGCAAUGACAACGUCCUGGUUUGCGCCCCUGCCGCGUCCGGUAAGAUCAUUUGCGCCGAGUUCGCCGUGCUCAAGAUGCUGACUUCGGACGACCCGGUAAAACGUUGCGUCUACGUGGCACCGCAUGCGGCCACGGCCAAGGAGAGGUUCAACGAGUGGUCCUUCAAGUUUGGCAAGACGAUGGGCUACCGGGUGUCAGAGCUGGUUGGAGAGACCACCAGCGAUGUGAAGAUCCUUGAGGACUCCCACAUCGUGAUCACCACACCGGAGAAGUGGGAUUUGAUGAGCCGCAGGUGGAAGACUCGAAAGAGCGUGCAGGAGGUGCGCCUCUUCGUGGUGGACGAGCUCCAUCUCUUGGACAGCGAUGUGGGCCCCACGCUUGAGGCGGUGGUCAGCCGCAUGCGCUACAUCUCCGUGCAGGUGCAGCAGCCUAUCCGCAUUGUGGCCUUGGCAGCGUCAUUGGCCAACGCCAAGGAUGUGGGCGAGUGGAUUGGCGCCGGCAGCAAUGGGCUCUUCAACUUCUCGCCCAAUGUGCGAACUGUGCCUUUGGAGUUGGUCAUCCAGGGUUUUGACAUCCACCAUCGCUCCACUCGCCUGUUGGCCAUGAGCAGACCAGUGUACCAAUCGAUCAAGCAGUUCUCGCCUGAGAAGCCCGUCAUCGUCUUUGUGCCAGAUCGCAAGCAGGCGCGCAUGACUGCCAUUGACUUGCUGCUUCACGCUGCUUCCGAUGAUAAGCCCAAGCGAUUUCUGCAUGUGUCCGAUGAUGCCAUGCGGCCGCACCUCAACGCAGCUCGGGAGAAGUCCCUGAAACAUACCUUGGAGUACGGCGUCGGCUUUCUGCAUGAGGGCUUCAGCCAGUCAGAGCGGGCUGUGAUUGAGCGGCUCUUUGAGGCAGGAGCCAUCCAAGUCCUGGUGGCCACAGAGCAGCUUUGCUGGGGAAUGACAAUGCUGGCGCAUUUGGUGGUGAUUAUGGACACCAAGAAGUUCGAUGGCCGUGAGAAUAGAUACGUUGACUACCCCAUCCACGACGUGUUGCAGAUGAUGGGCCGAGCCAGCCGACCAGGCAUCGACCAGUCGGGCAUGGUAGUCCUGCUCACGCAGAAUUCCAAGAAAGAGUACUACAAGAAGUUCAUCUACGAGCCGCUUCCCGUAGAGAGCCAUUUGGACCAGCGCAUGGCCGAUCACAUGAAUGCCGAGAUCGUCAUGAAGACGAUCGACAACAAGCAGGAUGCGGUGGACUGGCUGACUUGGACUUUCUACUAUCGCCGGCUCUCCCAAAAUCCCAACUACUAUGGUCUGCAGGGGGUGACUCAUCAACACCUGAGCGAUCACUUGAGUGAGGUGGUGGAGAACACUGUGGAAGGCUUGGAGCGAUUUGGUUGCUGCAGCAUCGAGGACGAUGUGGAUUUGGCUGCCGCGAAUCUGGGUCUUAUCGCAGCCUAUUACUACAUCCGCCACACCACCAUCGAGACCUUCUCUCGUUGCGUGAACGAAAGCACCAAGCGCAAAGGCCUGCUGGACAUCUUGUGCGCCGCCGCAGAGUUCGAUUCCGUGCCGGUGCGCUCCGGAGAGGAGGCGACCCUGUAUGGCUUGGCUCAGUCUUUGGGCAUGAAGGUGGACAAGGACAAGCUGAACGAUCCCCAUACGAAGGCUCAGCUCUUGCUCAACGCACACUUCACACGCACACCCAUCACCACGGAUCUCUCCUCAGAUCAAAAGUUCAUCCUGGAGCAUGCAGUGCGGUUGCUGCAGGGUUUGGUGGAUGUGAUCUCUUCCUGCGGCUGGCUUACUACGGCACUGUCUGCCAUGGAGCUCUCGCAGAUGAUCGUGCAAGCCACCACGUCCACUUCCAGCCCGCUCAUGCAGCUGCCCCACUUCAGCCCGAGUAUGGUAGACAAGGCCAAGAAGAUGAAGGUGGAAGACAUCUUUGACGUGAUGAGCAUGGAGGACAACCAGCGUGACAAGCUUCUCGAUGGCUUGUCACAGUCACAGCUGACAGAUGUUGCUCGUGCGUGCAACCGCUUCCCGUCCAUCUCGCUGGAGUACAAGGUGCAGAACAGCGACGCGUUGGUGACCGGCGGCAGCGCCAAGAUUACGGUGAAGCUGACGAGAGAAGCCAUGGAGGAGGAAGGUGCUACGGUCGGCCCAGUGUACGCCAUGUACUACCCCAAGGAGAAGGAAGAGAGUUGGUGGCUGGUCAUUGGCGGCCCGAAGAGCGCUUUGAUGGCCAUUAAGCGCCUGACAAUCAGCAAGGCAAGAUUCGCAGUCCAGACUCUUGAUUCAAAAGCCUGGCCCUAAGCUUGUCCAUGCCAGGCAACCGCAAACGUCAAGCUUGAAGUCGAGCUGGGCGAGGAUGCUGGCUCCCAUGACUUCACGUUGUACCUUAUGUCCGACUCCUAUCAGGGCUGCGACCAGGAGUACAACUUCAAGCUGAACGUCAAGGCUGCCUGAGUCCGUGACUCCACGAGACAGGCGAAGCGUAGGCUGCGGUCAGAAUCUGCCUCUGGGAAAAUCGAAACAAACUGAGUGGAGCUCCGGCAGCCUGACCUCAGCAUGUUGCUAUGGCCCCUCAAAAGGAUGGAGCAAUGGAGUGGAUCAUCUAGGGAUCCGGACAGGGUGUGAAGUGCAACCUGCGCCUGCUUAGCCCGCGUGGGGGUAGCAAUCCGCCUGAGUCGGCUUGGCAGCCGCAAGGGCCGAUC